UAAAGGAAAGAGGCACGUGGCUGUCAGCCAGAUUAACAGCGCUUGUCACGUGACGUGGAGGUUGGAAAAGAAAAGCGCGCUUCAGUUUGGUGUGGUAAAAUACGUUAAAGAAAAUGGCAAACGUGAUCAGGAGGAGUCUACUGUUAACGGACGAGCAACGAGAGGAAUUGGCAGAUAAUUUUAACACGCUUGAUAAAGAUGGAAAUGGAUUUUUGGACAUGAGCGAACUCAAGCAGGCUCUGGAGAUAGUAGGCUUCAAGAUCCCACAAUGGAAAGUUCGACAGAUGAUUGAUGACCUUGAAAGAGGACAAGUGGGGGAUAAAAAAGGAAGGUUAUCCUUUGAAGAAUUUCAACAGGUUUGUAUGGAUAUAAAGUCCAGAGAUGUUGCCAAUACUUUUAAAUCGAUGGUAACAAAGAGAGAAAAUGUCGAAACACUUGGUGGUAUGUCGGAAGCAUCCAGCGAAGGAACUACACAUUCUGUCAGACACGAAGAACAAGUUGCCUUCUCCGAUUGGAUAAAUAGUAACUUAAAAAACGACCAAGAUUUGAAGCAUCUCCUGCCCAUUGACAUCGAAGGUAAAUUACUCUACGACAAAGUAAAAGAUGGAAUUUUACUAUGCAAAAUUAUCAACCAUUCCUGCCCAGAUACGAUCGACGAGCGUGCAAUCAACAAGAAGAAUCUGACAGUUUAUACUAAACACGAAAACUUAACACUGGCUCUAAAUUCCUCUCAGGCUAUUGGAUGCAAUAUUAUCAAUAUAGAUGCGCACGACCUGUUGAAAGGAAAACCUCACCUAGUGUUGGGUCUCAUCUGGCAAAUCAUACGACAAAGAGACAUGCUGACUCGUGCAGAGACAAUGUUACAACAGGCAGAAAAGAUUGGAUGCAGAAGUUUCCUGACACCAAAUGAUGUCGUUGAAGGUGUCUAUAAAUUAAAUUUAGCCUUUGUUGCCAAUCUGUUCAACAAUCAUCCUGGCCUCGAUCAGCCUGACGAACCAAUUGAAUUUAUCAACUUGGAGGAAACCAGAGAAGAGAAAACUUACAGAAACUGGAUGAAUAGUAUGGGAGUGAGCCCAUAUGUUAAUUGGUUGUAUAGUGAUUUAGCUGAUGGACUAGUUAUAUUUCAGCUGUAUGAUAUCAUUAAACCUGGAAUUGUAGAUUGGAACAAGGUCCAUAAAUCAUUUAACAGGUUAAAAGCUUUUAUGGAAAAAUUAGAAAACUGUAAUUACACGGUUGAGCUCGGCAAGCAGUUGAAGUUCUCUCUGGUAGGCAUUGCGGGUCAGGAUAUCUCCGAGGGUAAUCCCACUCUCACACUAGCACUUGUGUGGCAGUUGAUGAGAGCUUACACGCUGAACAUACUCACCCAACUUGCCAACACAGGACAUCCUCUUGUGGAGAGAGAAAUUGUAGACUGGGUGAACAACAAGAUUAAAAGUGCUGGGAAAAAUUCCUUUAUCAAAAGUUUCCAAGAUCCAAUAAUAGCCACUGCCCAUCCCGUUAUCGAUUUAAUUGAUGCCAUUAAACCUGAUUCUAUUAAUUACAGCCAAGUUAAAUCGGGUGAUACUGAAGAGGAAAGAAUGGACAAUGCAAAAUAUGCAAUAUCCAUGGCACGUAAAGCUGGUGCCCGCAUCUAUGCCUUGCCAGAGGACAUCACAGAAGUGAAACCGAAAAUGGUCAUGACUGUCUUUGCGUGUCUCAUGGCUCGUGAUUACCUACCCAACAUGGGAGAGAAGAAUGGAACUUCUUCGAGUCCAGUCCGAGAAUAGAGUAGCAUUUUUUUUUUUGUUUUUUUUAAAUUAAUCUUGCCACUAGAUCCGUAAAGAGUUUGAAAUUUUGCCACAUCAGAGAUAGAAUUGGAGAAGCCCAGUAUAUUCAUUAUCAUGUAAAUUUUUAGAUUUAAAGUAAUCGGGAUAAGAGAAAUGUGUGGUAGAACAAGAUAAUCAUACGGUUCUUCUAAUUUUAGCUACAUAGUACUUCUGUUUGAUAUGUAAAGAAGCAUUCAUCAUAUUCUUAAAUUAUGGAAGAUUAUAUAUAUAUAUAACUUGGCAGAUUGAUUAAUCAAAAGAGAGAAAGUAGGAAUUAACAUGGCAUUAAAAUUUGAGAACUCUGAAAUUGCAAAUUUAUCGGAAUUUACAGUUAUGAAGUUUGAUAUGUUAAGAUUAUAUUUUGAUUUUAGGCAAUCUUCAAAUAUUCUGAACUCAACCGGGCUCAAAAUUUUAACAUUUGGGAUAUUUCAAAGUUUGUAUUCUGAAAAGGUUUCGUAUAUGAUUUUAUUAACUCUACUGUUAAAUAUAUAACAUUAAUUCUUAUAUUUCUCUCUUAUGUUGUCGUAAGUAUCGUGCAAUGAGUUCAAAGUCAUCCAUGAAGUACUAUAAUUUUGAAAAAAAUCAAACCAGAGUUUUAAAUAAUGCGUGUUUUAAAAUCACGAAUGGGACUAGAGUGCCUCACGCUUUUUUGGGGAACAAAGAAUUUUAACGUCCACAGUGCCAGUUUUUUUAAUCACUAAACUUUAACUCUCGGAGAUCAAUAUUCUUUAUCAGUGUAUAGUUUUGAUAUCAUUUAUCAACAUUAUAUAUUGAUAUAUGUCAAUAUUAUAGUUUGUCAUAUAUUGAUGAUGUUUUAUUUAAUAUUAUAUUCAUAUAAAUAUACACUCUCUUCCACUUUUUUGUGGUUAUCAUUUAGUACAAAAACACUUUGAGAGAGAAUUUUUUAAUGGCUUUGAAUUAAUACUUUUUAUACAUUAGUUUUCACCAAUUUUCUGAUAUGGAUAUUUGAUACAUAGCAAAGAAUUCUGUACCAUAGAACCUAUUUCUCUCAUUCCAUCAUAAAAUGCCAACAUUCCUUUAUAUUAUAUGCUAAAUCCAUGUCAAUACUUUGUCUGGAAAUAAAAGAAAAAUUAUUUCUA